GCAAACGUUGGCCUGUAAUCGGUAAAAAAAUUCACCCGGAAUUCCCUUAUAUCGAUGCGGAAGUUCGAUAUGGGGUUCGAGAGUAUGCAAUGACAGCGAUCGAUCUGAUUGCUAGAAGGGUGAGACUGGCUUUUUUAAACGUACAAGCUGCCCAGGAAGCACUUCCGGAAGUAAUCAAAAUAAUGAGCGAAGAACUCGGUUGGUCAGAGGCGGAACAAAAGAAACAACUUAAUGAAGCAACAGAAUUCUUGAACAACGAAAUGGGACAAAUGGUUAACCGCGCAAGUAGAGACAAACUACCCAUCAACCUUAGUAAAGAAGAAAUCCAAUUAUACAUUAAACGUUUCCAGAUAAUUGAUAAGGACCGUAAGGGUUACGUGUCUAUUAAUGACAUAAGAAGAAGUCUUAAGGAACAAGGGAAAGAGGUUUCCAAGGAGGAACUUCACGAAAUCUUAAAGGAAAUUGAUACAAACAUGAACGGACAAGUAGAAAUUGACGAAUAUUUACAGAUGAUGUCGGCCAUUAAGUCUGGCCACGUGGCAUAUUCACGUUUCGCCAAAAUGGCGGAGUUAGAAGAAGAGAAACACGAAAAAGAAUUAUUGAAGAAGAAAAUCUCAGUUGAGCGUAGCGGAGGUGGUUUGUAAAUGACGAAUAUAAAGAGAAACAAAAGCGAUCUAUUAAACAAUCAAACGAAUGUUUUAUUUAAACAUGUAGAUAUAGAAAAAACGGCAGAUAUUUAUUAUUUACCUUAGAUAAUUAUUAUCGUUAAUAUUAUUUGUUAUUGACAUAAAAGUACUAUUUAUUUUUGUGACACUUACUACUAUAUUUAUCCAAUUCUUCCAAAUAUACACGCAACAAAAUGGACUGUCAAAUAAUUAUGUACAUAAAAUUGCAUCAGCCCUUAUUUAUGUACUUAUUUCAACAAUAAUAUGAAGUACAUGUGAUAUUAUUAUUAUUACUCUUUACCAUAAUUGUUUUAAAUAAACUUAUCAGAAUCUAAA